AUGAUCGGCCGACCAAGCAAACCAAACUAUGAAAUCCUCGUCCUCGCCGGCGACGGAAUUGGCCCUGAAGUCACCGAUGAAGCCACCAAAAUCCUCGAGCUCCUUUCCGCGCGCUCCGACUCUCGCGCCAGCUUCGAGCUCAACCCGCAACUUUUCGGCGGCUGCUCCAUCGACACCCAUGGCAAAUCCGUCACGGAUGAGGUCCUCGAUAUUGGUCGUCACUGUGACGCAAUCCUCAUGGGCGCUGUUGGCGGUCCCAAAUGGGAUGGCAUGCGACGUGGUUUUGAGGGACCGGAGGGCGCUACGCUGAGGUUGAGGGAGGUGACUCAGGUCUAUGCUAACAUGAGACCAUGUGAGUACAACAAGUUUGGCAACUCUCCGAUCCGAGACGAGUUGGUGCGGGGUACGAAAUACAUCGUGCUGAGAGAGAACUGUGGCGGCGCGUUCUAUGGCCCGAAGACAGAAGACCCUGACUAUGCUUCCGAUUUGUGGUCUUACAAGCGAUCGGAGAUUGAGAGGAUUGCAAGAAUGGCCGCGCACCUGGCCAUGUCGCCAGCUUCACCAGUCAAAAAGGUUAUCUCUUGCGACAAGGCGAAUGUUCUUGCAAGCUCGAGGAUAUGGAGACGAAUUGUGGAAGAGACCAUCACGAGGGAAUUCCCGGAGGUGGAGAUUGUGCACCAGUUGGCGGACAGCGCUGCCAUGUUGAUGGUUGCGAAGCCAAGCAUGUUUAAUGGCGUACUGGUUGCUGACAACACCUUUGGUGAUCUUUUGUCGGAUCUGGCUGGUGUGAUUCCCGGCACGCUCGGCGUCCUACCUUCAGCGUGCUUGGCUGAUCUGCCGCGCAAGGAGUUCAACAGUGGCAAGACUUGCAAGGGCUUCUACGAGCCUGUGCAUGGAUCUGCUCCCGAUAUCGCUGGUCAAGGUAUCGCAAACCCCAUUGGUACAAUCCUGUCGGCCGCUUUGAUGUUGAGAUAUAGCUUCGGGAUGGAGGAUGAGGCAAGGGCGAUUGAACUUGCGGUGGAGGAAUCCCUUGAGCAGGGAUACCGGACGAAGGACAUGAAGGGAUCAUGCAGCACAAGCGAGAUGGGAGCGAAGGUGAGGGAGAAUUUGAUUAAGAUUCUAGACAAGCAGGGUCAGUAG